CAGCGGAGGUUUCAAACCCACUGGAUGCUGUAGUGAGAGCUCAAGGCUAUGCUUUUAAAUCAGUAGAUGCCAGCAGAGAGAGAUGACUCUGACAUGGGACGAACACAGUUGUAUUGCGCAGCGCUUCACAUCGCCAUGAAACCCGCUUCAUGUUACCAGUACUUGCUUUCGAUUCCCUGCAUCCCGCAGCUCGGACCACUCACUUUAAACGGCUAAAGGAGGCUGGUUUACGUUGACUGUCAGUCCUGAUAUUCCCAUCUCAACCUGGUGAUAUGAGAGGCUCCGGAAGACGGUGAUGGAGCUCCAGGAGUUGGGCUGGCUGUGUCUGGUGGGUCUCUUCCUAGCGUCCUUGCUCAUUGUGCUGGUAUGGCUGCUCCAGUACUCGCUGACCGUAUUGCGGCUGUGGAGAGCCAAGAGGACAGCCAAGCAGGGCAGAGGAGGAGCAGCCCGGUUGAGCUGCACCCCCUCGCAGCUCAACCAGAGCCAGGCUGCAGGUGUGUGGGGCUUCCUGCUGAAGAUUUGCUCGGGCCGGAGUGGAGGACCAGCAUCUGAGGCAGGGGUUAAAGGCUUGCUGACCUCCCUGUUCUCCUUUAAGUCCUUCAGGGAGCACUGGCAGAGAACCUGGGUCAAUGCUCUGAAUGAGCAAGCUUGCAGGCAUGGGAGCUCCAUCCAGAUCACUUUUGAUAGCAGUCUCCAGUUUACUGCUGCCUCCGCAAUAGAUAGCGUGACCUGCACUGACCAAUCAUCACACCGUAUGGUUUUACACUGUAAAUGUAAGGUGGACACAGUUACAUUUCCUGUGACGGUCACCCAGCAGUCACCAGCUGCCGUUUCCAUGGAUACUUACCAGAUCAAUAUAGCACCUAUGGAGGCAAAGGUGGUUGUGUGUCUGGAAGAGGUGGAGGACGAGGGACUGCUGAUGUCCUGGACUCUUUCCAAACAGCCAUCAUUUAUUCUGACCUUGUCUCCAUGCAAGCUGCAGAGACAGGGCACUGAGGGUGAGGCAGACCUGGACAUGAUUAAAGGACUGAUAGAGGAUACUCUAUUCAGCACUCAGCCAGCCAUGGUCCUCAAUCUCAAGACUUGUGCUUCCAGUCCUUUGCCCCCCAUGGAUCAUCUAUCGGUGGGAUUAAACUCUGUACCCCAGAGCGUCUUGGUGCGACGCCUGCUGCUUCGGCAGCUCAGGGCAACCUUAAGUAAAGGUCAGAUAUAUUCUCUCAGCUUUAGAUCAUUUCAGUCUGCCGAGGUCUCACUGUGUCUUGAUGUGUUUGCAGGUCAGGGGUCUAGAUCGGGGGAGCUGUGCUGCGUCCUGAACCUGGAUCAGCCUUCUAUAGAAAGGACAACCUGCUUCCUGUCUGCGCCCAGCAACCCGAACAUCCCAUUGGAAUGGAGUGAAGAGAUGACUCUGGAGCUGAGCCCAGAAACCAAAGAGCUGAGAAUAAGACUUCUGGAGAGGAACGGUAGAAAGGAACAGUUCCUGCAUGGUCACGCCUCCAUAGCCUUUGACCUCCAGCACAAAGUUCCUACCGGUCAACAUACACUGUCAAUAAGCCCCGGACACGGCCUGGCACCAAACGCUACCAUCACAGCAGAGGUUCUGUAUGUGGAAACAGAGGAACCUCGCACACUUAAUGCUUUUCCACUUCGUUCCUCGCUCACCCCUACCAAGAAAGUCGACGUAGACCGAACCAUCAUGCCAGAUGGAACCAUCAUCACUACUGUGACCACUGUCCAGUCUCGACUGAAACUGGAACGCAGUCCAGGUGAUUCCCCUUUGUGUUCCCCGUCCAAAGUGGAAGUGACUGAGAAGAAACCCACCAUCCUAUCUGACAGCAGAGGCAGCAGCAGCAGCAGCCCCAACCCCAGCAUGAGCAGCCGCCUUUCGAAUGGCCUGGAUCCUGUUGCAGAGACAGCCAUCCGCCAGCUGACAGAGUCCGCGUCCAAACUAGCGCGGAAGACACCAACAAAAAGGAGCACGCUGAUCAUCUCGGGGGUGUCAAAGGUUCCGCUAUCAGAAGAUGACUGUGCAUUAUCAAGCGGCUACGCUGCAUCCAUGGAUGCAGCCAUGCAUGGCAACCAUUACGGAGCGGGGAAUCAGCAAGACCCGGAUGAAACAACACCCUCUGAUGUGUCAGAGCGGCCAUCUGUAGAUGAUGUGGAAUCAGAUACUGGUUCCACUGGUGCCUUGGAGACCCGCAGCCUCAAGGACCAUAAAGUGGGCUUCCUACAGAGUGGAACCAAGCUGUUGUUCCGCAGACGACAUCGAGAGAAGGAGUCCUGCCUCAGCCAUUCACAUGAAGACAUCUCCAACAUGGGCAAUAACUUUGCUGCUGUUGCAACCAGCAGCCGUAAAAAGUCUGGCAGCUUCUCUCGGCGUCUCAUCAAACGCUUCUCUUUCCGUUCAUCAGGCAAAUCAAAAGGCAAAACCACUGGUACCAAUGGAGGAACCAGUUCACUGGAUAACUGAUUAUCAUUGCUGGGGUAGGACUUGCGUGACCCUGCUGUUACUGUCAGAAGAACAACUAAACAUUUCCAGUCUUUGACAGGUUGAAAUCCCCAGGUGGGCUGUCGCCUGUACAUCUCAAAAGGAGGAUACCUCUGGGAGGGCUUUCCUCUGGAGAGAAAUGAUUGCACCUUCAGUACAGAAAUUAGGCUUAAUUACAUUAUUGAAGUUGAAAAAUUAUUAUGAAGCUUAUUUCUAUGAAGGAAUCUGCUGCUUGGUGUGGAGAGAUGCUUUGUGUUUGAACACAAACUAUAGUUUGAUUGUGACUGAUGGUUGAAAUACUAUAAAACUAUUUCAUGAUAUAAAAUUGUAGUAUGAUGCUAAUGGUCGCAUUUUGGACUUUUUUGUUUUUUUUGAACAGCACAUGUAAAAUCCCUGGGUUGUAUAAAGGUAAUUUAUUAUUAUGUGGUUCUCAUGAAAUCAAGUGCUAUUUAUUUUACUUAAAAAAUGAGUCAUCAUAGUUGCAUUACACUGUAAAAUAGUCUUUCCAUGCAGAGGUAAUUUUAAACACAUAGUUAA